UAGCUAUUAACCUGGAAGUCGUAUUUUUUCCCGGAACCUCGAGAAGAGCUACGAGAAGAGCUUCCUCCGUGUUUUGGCUUCUUUAUUCCCAACAUCGCUGGUGUUGUCAUCAUCUGAUCACAUGGAAAAGUAAUUGGUGAUGGAAGUGACUUGUCAGUGUUCGCGAAUACAUCCGAAAUAUGGUUGCGGUUUCUGUGUCCAGUCGAUGUGAAGCGAUUCAUUGGACUACUGUUGAGUAUCGGUGUGCUCGUAGCAACAUUGAGAAAUGAUAGUCCGCUGCCAGUCUCCAUUUCAUUUUCUCCAUCGAUACCAGAAUCUGAACUAGCAAUCGGCGGAAGGGACCUUAUGCCUUUUUGUAGCUCUUCAAUUUGUUUUUCGUGUUCAGCAAGUUUAGUCUCAAGCUCUCGGCAUCGCAUUCGUUCCAUGUCCAACUCACAUUUCAAGCGCAGAUGUUCUUUCGCAGCCUUAUUUUUCAACUCUAUGUGCUUUUUUAUCUCAUCCUGGGCUAAAUGGGCGAAUUUUACUGCUUUUCUUUCUCGAUCACUCAUAAUUUUCGCAAGCCGUGUCCUGUUACUUGAUUGAAAUUCCAAAACCUGCGAAAGUUUUUUCAUGUACAUCGUUGCGAUUUCCUUCGGAUUUCGAAAUAAUAUCUGUAAAUCAGGAUGA